AGUUGCAGCUAUAGUUGGCUGAGUGGAAAGUGCCGGAAAAUUUGUCUCAGCCCAGUGAGUUUUCUAGAAAAAAGAGAGUGAGAGAGAAGUCGAACGUAUACGUAAUACGCGCCGUACCUUACGUAUACGCAACAUAAUGCUUUCCCGCAGUGAAUGCGAGAAAAUCUUGAAAAAUGCGCUAAAAAGUGACGAAAAAUCCAAACUAUUGGACUACCAUGUGGCGAGAGACCUCACUGCGAUCGGUUAUCUGGGGGAUUACUAUGCACUGACUUUAAGCUAUUGCCAUGAGGAAGACGAAGUCGUUCGAGAUAUUCAACUCUUUGUGAAGGCUAUGCCCCAGAACAGUGCUGAAUUGGCUAAAGAGGAAAUUUUCCAAAAAGAGGCCUGGCUUUACGACACUCUCCUGGGAAAAAUGCAAACAUUUUCCAACAUAAAAUGGAGCGCGGAUUGUGUGUACACUCGUAAUGAUUUAAUGGUCCUGGAGGACAUCAAACUGCAGGGUUUCAGAGCAGCUGGCUCCACCGAACUCAAUGAGGCUCACAUGAAGCAGUUGAUCGAAUCAGUGGCAUCCUUUCAUGCUGCUAGUUUGAUCUACGAACAUCGGACGAAAACCAAUAUAGGUCAAACCUAUGGUGAUCAUUUGCUGGAGAUCACUGUAGCCUCGGAAAUAGCCUGGUUCACCACAGGACUCUCGGCUGUCUUGGCCGCCAUUCGAAGUCUUCCCCAAUAUCAGGCAACCGAUGAACUAUCCUUUAUAGAUAACAAACUUUUGACCAUAGUGGAGGAAAUCUACGAGCAGGCUGCUCCCUCGAAAAAGUACAGGAAUGUCCUCUGCCAUCGCGAUCUUUGGGCUGGUAAUAUUUUCUUUCCCCCCGAAAAAACUGGACCCGCAUUGCUAAUUGAUUUUCAGACCUGCCGCUACACUCCCCCCGCAUCGGACUUAAAUUUCAGUCUUUACUUGAAUUUGGGUUCAAGGGAACGCAAGAAAAUGGAGAGGAAAUGCAUUGAUUUGUACCAUACACAUUUAUUGCAGAAUCUUUCCGAUUUCGGGCUAGAAGAACUAAUGAUUACCAAAUCGGAGCUACUUGAAUCCUACGAAGAAUUUCGUUUAUUUGGCGUGGUUUACAGAGCUGUCGUUGCUACGGUUGUAAAAGUUCCCGCCGAAUUUGUGACGAAUGAUUUUAAAUACGUGGAUCGCAGCAAAGUGAUACUCUCCUAUAUGAAAACGAACCAAGAGUUCAGGACCCACAUGGAGGAGUGCUGUGUGGAUGUCAUGGAGAUGGCCUUGUCCAGGGCAAACGUGUGAACAAAUCUCGUUUCUCGUCACUGCCGAUAAGAAAAUCGGCGAUAGCAAGUCAUUAUAAAUAAACCAAA